AUGAGUGACACAAUGCGCGCAGUAGACAUCAAGAAUGGCAAAGGUCCACUCGAGAAUCUGCACAUCGCCGACGUGCCCAAGCCGAAACUCGGAAAGUCGCAAGCGCUUGUCAAGAUCAAGGCCUUCGGCCUGAACCGCAUGGAUUUGCUGCAGCGUGAGGGUCAAUACCCUGUACCACCUGGUGCUUCCAAAAUCCUAGGUGUUGAAUUUUCGGGUACAAUCGCGGAACUCAGCGAAGAGGGCGGUGGAAAAGAAGGCUUUAAGGAGGGAGAUGAAGUGUUUGGCCUGGCAUAUGGAGGUGCUUAUGCAGAAUACAUCGCAGUCUCAACACAUAUGUUGGUGAGGAAACCAAAGGAGUUGACUUGGGAGCAAUGCGCUGGAAUUCCCGAAACAUGGAUAACAGCCACCCAGGCUAUGUACCUGAUCGGCCAAUUCAGUGCCGGAAAGACCAUCCUCUGGCACGCAGCAGCGUCAUCCGUCUCAAUUGCCGGUAUCCAACUCUCCCGUGCUGAUAACGCCUCUGCCGUUUAUGCCACCGCCCGUCAGGAUUCUAAAUGCGAGUUCGCUGUAAAGGAGCUGGGCGCUACUGCCGCAUUCAAUACCACUUCUCAAAACUGGGUCGAAGAGGUGAUGAAAGCAACCGACAACAAGGGUGUAGACAUUAUCGUCGAUUUCAUUGGCGCAUCGUACUUCCAGCAGAACCUCGAGGCUGUAGCGAAGGACGGCGUCAUCGUGAAUCUGGGUUUCAUGGGUGGUACCAAAUUGCCAGAGGGUACGGAUAUCAGCGCAUUCAUCAGGAAGAGGUGCAGUUAUGUCGGCAGCAGUCUGAGGAGUCGCGAUGAAGCGUACCAAGGCAAGCUCAGAGACCAACUCGUAGAGCACGCGUUGCCGAAAAUGACAGAUGGCACAUUCAAGCUCUAUGUAGAAAAGGUUCUGCCAUGGGAGCAGAUCCAAGAUGCGCAAAGGUUGUUAGAGGAAAACAAGACAAAGGGUAAGGUCAUUUGUACGAUUGGCUGA